AUGUGCAUCGCGGCCACAAGCAGAAACAUAAAGGUUCGGCGAAAGGCAAAAUCCUAGCCUUGGGAGAGAAUGCGAGCCUGGCAUUUUUCAGAACAAUCCCGAGACUUUUUAACCUUUUGAUUCAGAUGACCAAAUUGAAAGAAUCUGUUAAAUGCGAGUUCUUAACUCUGGAAGUCUUCCUUAAAUUGCUAAUAAUGGAGGGACCACUAGAAAAGUAAUGGGGGUGAAGGAACCGCCGAACCCCCCCCCCCCCAAAAGAAAAAACAAAAUGUCUUUAUUAUAGUAUUUAAUCUGUGUUUUUAACAUUUUGUGGCAAGAAAAUGAUGCGAGAACUACAAGAGCCUUCAAAUCGGACUAAAAUUUUACACGACUCUUAUUUUUGCCCUUUUUCAUACAAAACCACUCAGUAAUGCCUUAUUUAAAUACAAUUAAUUUACAAAAAGAGGUAUAUUACAUAAUUAUGCAGAAGAUUAAGAAAUCGCGGAUUAUAGAUAUGGCACUGAGUCCCAUUCGAUCGAAAUACAUCCGUUAAGGUAUUUGAAAGACUAUCUAAGUAUAUUGAAUUGAAGAUUGAAAAAGCCAGACUGUCGAAAGUAGAUUUUAAAAAGGGCUGGAAAAGUACGUUGACGAAAUUCCGAGCACAGCCAGCAUCAACGAGCUUCACAAAAUUACUCCGGCUGCUGGGAACAGCUCGUAUCCUCACAAAGGUUCCUUCGGUGAAGUGAACUCUGUGGUACCCAAGGUCCACGUUUUGGACCCGAUGCUUCAGCGACUUUGCGCAGUAUUCAUUUAAUUUAAAAACCUUUGAAUGCAGAGGCGUAUACAAGGCGUGUUCUUGCCGGAGUUUUAUUAGGAUCCACGAAACCUCCUAGAUGCAUCAGCUGACAGCAGGUAUCCGGAGAAUUGGUUUAAGAGGUGCUGGCAUGCCAAAGCACAUGGGGGGGCGGCUUUUAUGUUCCAUGGCAACUGUGAUGAAUGGGGAUCAACUGUUACUAUUAUUCAAGUGGGCAAUUAUAUGUUGGUGGAUGCAGUGACGUGUCCUGGUAUGCAAACGGUGCGUCCUUUAUUUGACUUUAACAACCCUGACAUAUAUCGGACGGGGAAUCCGAAAAUAUCACUGAAUCACUCAAAGUAGGAGGUCACUAUAAUGUACUAGGCCGCUAAGAAUGUUGGGAGGGUCUUAACCACGUGCUUUUGCUUCUGAUGUUGUGACUGUAGUCGCACUAAAAUACGUUGAGUUGAAUCUGGUUGUUUGAAUGUUUUACUACUCCGGGGAGUACUACAGUUACGUUUAAAUUUUCUUGCCUAAAGGUGAUCAAACAGACUCCUGCGAGAAUUUUCAGCUCGAAUACCAUAAUAUAUUUCAAAACAGAGUAUUUCGCCUGUGAUUGACACCUAUUUCGCGAGUUUUCACAAAGGGCUCCAAAAUUAAGGUAUAGCGAUUUUUAAAAAAGGUCUCUGUUUAUUUGCUAGGCUCUUGUCGGAAUGGAGAUUACAGCAAAGCCUUUAUUUACUCACUGA